CAAUGGUGGAGGCAGGAGGGGUUACAAGGUCUGCAAUGGGGGAGACGGGAGAGGUUACAGGGUCUGCACUGGGGGAGACAGGAGGAGUUACAAGGUCUGCAAUGGGGGAGACAGGAGGGGUUACAGGGUCUGCAAUGGGGGAGACAGGAGGGGUUACAGGGUCUGCAAUGGGAGAGAUAGGGGUGUUUCAAGAGAGUACACUGAGGUAUAUGGGAGGGGCUACAGGGUCUGCACUGGUGGAGACAGUAGGGGUUACAGGGUCUGCAUUGGGGGAGACAGGAGGGAUUACAGGGACUGCACUGGGGGAGACAGGAGGGAAUACAUGGGGUGCUGUGGGAGAGCCAGGAGAGGUUGCUGAGAGUGCACUAGAGGUAUCAGGAAUGUCUGCUGAGUGUGCACUAAAGGUGGCAGGAGGUGCUAAUGAAUGUACAGGAAAGGCUGCUGAGUGUACACUAAAUGGGACAGUAGGAACAAAGCAGUUGCCAUCGACAAGGCCAAUGCAUAAAAGAUUGGAGCAGGGACUGGCAAAAGAAGGGGUAACAUGUCAAAAAGAAGGGCACAGAGACCAGACAACAGAAGCAGGAUUAAGGCUAAGCAGAGCAGAGUAUAGGGUGCCAGGACAGGUAGUACAGCUAGGGUCAGAGUGGGAGUUGACUUCAGGAAGACAAGUUGUUGGGUCUCUUCAUGGCCUGGGAACAAGGGCAAGUUCAAAAGGGACAGAGCGGGUAUUAAACAAAAGAUCAGAUCAGGACAUUAUAGUGAGGUUGAGACAAAAAAGUGUAGGGCGAGAGAGCAGAGCAGGGCAGGUGGAUGUCUUGUGCAGAAGACAAGGAAGUCCACCUGUAAUAGGUGAGAAGGUUUUAGUGAGAGCAAAGCAAGAAGAGACAUUGAGUGGACAACAUAGGUUUACAGUAGACGGAAGCAGUGCAGAGGAUUCAGACACUAGAGAUAAAGGAUCAAAGAUAACAGGUUGUAGAAAUUCACCAGAAAUUAGGCAUGGGGGCUCUCCAGCCUCUUGCCAUGUUCCAGUAAGGCCAAGCACUAAAUUUAAAGGCAGACAUCAAAGAGACAACUCUGAGGACAGGUAUGGGCAAAAGAGCAAAGUUGGUGCCACAGAACGCAGUUUAUCUCCAGCAACUCAUAAGACUGUCUGCAAGAGUGAAGUACGGGAAAAGUCUGACCCUAAGGUGGCCAGAUCCUCCAUCAAAAUGGGGUCACAUCAGGAAGACAAAGGGGUGGAAAAGAAAGUGGAAGGCAAGAGGCAGAAGAGACAUGUCACUGUGGACAGCUCCAAGGCCAAAACUUCACUUGAAGCUCUGAAGAUCAGUAUCAAGCAGCUGAAGUGGAAAGAAUUUCCACUUGGACGCCGCUUACCUUGCGAUAUAUAUUGGCAUGGCGUUUCCUUCCACGAAAGUGAAAACAUUUCUUCUGGGCAAGUCAACAAGUUUCCAGGUAUGGCUGAAAUGGUUCGGAAAAUUAACCUCAGCAGAGCAGUGAGAACCAUGCAAGAGCUCUUCCCGGAGGAAUACAACUUUUACCCCCAGUCGUGGAUCCUUCCUGAAGAAUUUCACCUCUUUGCUGCUCAGGUACGCAUGGCAAAAGAAAACGACCCUUUAUGGAAGCCCACUUUUAUUGUAAAGCCUGACGGGGGCUGUCAAGGAGAUGGCAUCUACCUCAUUAAGGACCCUGCCGAUAUCCGCGUCAUGGGAAAUAUGCAGAAUAAACCCUCGGUAGUCCAAGAAUACAUGAGCAGACCCCUUUUAAUGGACAAACUUAAGUUCGAUAUUCGCCUCUACGUCAUAUUAAGGUCUUUGGAACCCCUGGAGAUAUAUGUAGCCAAAGAAGGACUCUCUAGGUUUUGCACUGAGCCCUAUCAGGAACCUCACCAUAAAAACCUUCAUCAAGUAUACAUGCACCUUACAAAUUACUCUCUUAAUAUCCACAGUGGAAAUUUCGUCCACUCGGACAAUGCCCAUACCGGCAGCAAGAGGACAUUUUCCAGCAUUCUGUACAGGCUGUCGGCCAAAGGCGUGGACAUCAAGAAAGUGUGGUCAGAUAUCAUUUCGCUUGUGAUUAAGACCAUCAUCGCACUGAUACCGGAGCUUAAAGUGUAUUAUCAGGCUGAUAUACCACCAGGAAAACUUGGACCCACGUGCUUUCAGAUUUUAGGGUUUGACAUCCUUCUCAUGAAAAACUUGAAACCUGUGUUACUUGAAGUUAAUGCUAACCCCAGUAUGAAGAUUGAACAUGAACAAGAGCUGCUUCCAGGUGUAUUUGAGAAUGUCCCUAGCCUUGUGGAUGAAGAGGUUAAAAUUGCUGUAAUCAGGGAUACCCUCCGCCUUGUAGACCCCACCAAGAGGAAGAAGAGCCAUAGUCCACCAUGUACCUCUGAUAUUGCAGCUGAUGCAAAAAAAGAGCUGCAGGUGGGAUCAGACGAACAAGCAGAGCCAGGAAUUAAUCAGAGCCCCGAAAGCAAUUUGCCGUCUCUUUGUCUCAAACAAGUGUUUCCAAAGUACUCCAAACAGUUCAAUUACUUAAGACUGGUAGAACGAAUGUCUUCAGUAUUCAUACGAUUCCUCGGGAUCAAGGGAACCAUGAAGCUGGGGCCAACAAGCUUCCGUACGUUUAUAAGGAGCUGUAAGCUCAGUAGCAGCAAUUUUUCAAUGGCGUCAGUAGACAUUCUGUACAUCGAUAUAACAAGAAGGUGGAACAGCAUGGGGCUAGACCAAAGAGAAUCAGGUAUGAGUCUGCAAGCGUUUGUAGAGGCUUGCUUUUACCUGGCUCAGAGACGAUACAAAGGCCUACCUCUCAAAGAUCAAGUGGAGUCCCUUCUAAAUUUGUGUGAAUCCCACUUGGAAUCCCUGGAUGAGAAGAGACUGCUCAGCAACAAAGGAAUGCCAAGCCACUGCCGCCAUACUGGUCUGCAUGUACCGUCAUACACUCCUCUCUUACAUCGUACUCGCACUCCCUAUAAACUGACUGAUUACAAACUGCAGCACUCCUGAGAGCAGCCGAUAUUAAAAGACUGAAAGCCAGGAAAGAGGCAUUAGACAGUGUUUACUUCUCGAACCAUUGGUGAUCUACAACAAUUUGCAUCAUAUGGGCUAAAAUAAUUCAUGGGUUGUUUCAAUGUAUCCGUAAUUGGAGGCUUCGGAGCUGGGGACUAUUACAUGUACAAAGGCAUAGGAAGAUGAAAGGCAGGAUUAUAUGUAUUUAAAAUGUAUUUAUUUCCAAAGUAACAUAUUCCACAGUGCUGUGUGUGUGUUUGUAUAAAACUGUGUGUGCAUAGAUAGAUAAAUCAGGGUCAUAGCAAGGAGAAAUUCACCCCUGGUAAGUGUCAUAGACACUCCAUGUUUCGAUUUUCUUUUCCCGCUAUAUUCCAUGACAGCAUUGAAAAUGGGUAGCUCCUCCGUCUCAAACCAUUGGGCAGGAAAAUUUUUAACGUUAUAAGAAGGGCCACGUUAGGGCAGAUGCCCAUUCGUGUGACUAGCAAUAACCAACAUAUCCGAAAGCUAACCCAAGAAAGGCUUGGAAGCCAACACUGCCAGGACUUAUAACCAGGAAAAGAACCUACGUUAUACAGUAUCCAUUUUCUGUUUUCCCGACUUACCAUGGAAACAUUGAAAAUGGGUAAAACCCAAGCAUUGAGGUCAAUACAACCAACAGAGCAGCACAGGAAGGGUGAGAUCAGUGUCAGGCAAAGGUGUCCCUGCCUAAACACAAAACUGGAACUCAAUAAAGAUACUACUGAUAAUGUCUUGUGCCCAAAUCAGCUAUUGUGCAUGCACUUCACAGCAAGCAGGAGUGACGGACAUCACAUCUGACCAGUUUAUAAACCAGCUAAUCCCUACGUGUGAAACCAAGUACUUGUGCAAUAAGUCAAGCAGUGGCAAAAAUGGGAAGACUAUUUCCAGUAAUGGCAGCUGAAAUGCCUUAAAUAACAGCAGAUUGGCACAGGACAAUAAGGAGCUGAGUAGAAAAUGGAAGCUGACACACUAAAAUAUCCCAAAUACAAUAACAGCUACUGACUAAUGGUUACAGUAGCAAAGCUACUUGUCUCCCAUUAAUAUAACCACCCCAUAGGCUACAGCAGUAUAGGAACCCCAUAAGGGGAGAAUGGUACAAUGCUGGUACAUCACAGGUCACAGCAGCAAUUCCUCCCGUUGCUGAGAACGACCCAUUAAUGAGACCGCAGUAUAGGAACUGUACCCAGGACUCCCAGAGAAGACAUACAUCACUUCUGCAGGACUAAACGGUAAAAUGGAAAAACUCUUAGGUGAGCUACAAAGAAGAAUACAAAUCAUACAGGCGUCCUAAAAGGAUCUCCUCGCCUGCAGAGGUGAGAAGACAGGAAGAAAGGCUGGGCAUCAGCCCCAAGGUGGUCCUUCUUACAA